AUGAAUGAGCCAUCAACGCCAUUCCAAGUCAUUGCACUCUAUCCAUAUAAAUCAGAUUUUGAGGAUGAUCUCAAUUUCGAUAAGGAUCAAAUAGUUACGGUCACCAAUAUUGAAGACGACCAAUGGUAUUUUGGCGAGUAUGUUGGUGAACGAGGCCAAUUACUUGAAGGUAUUUUCCCCAAGGGUUUCGUCGCCGUUCAUGAGAAACCUUCUGACAAACCUAAGGCAGCAGAGCCCACAGCAGAGCCUGCUAAUUCAACUGCUUCAGUAGCACUUUCUCAUGGGAGUGAUAGAGGUGUAGAACAGAACAAUUGGGAGGAUCCAAACGAUCCUAGUGUGUCCAAGAUGAAGAACAAAGUUUCUAUGUUUGAUCAAGGUACAUCUGAACCAGCACCACUACCAAGGAACUCAACGUUUUUUGGUGAUUCAAAGGAUGCAUCUGUAAAGAAGACUGUCGUAGCAGAUCCAUCUCACCAUUAUACACCUCCUACAGCGUUUGCCCAUAGUGAAAAGAAACAGAGGGAACAACCUGCUAAAGUAGAUAUACCUGAACCUGUCAACCGCGGCGAUUUUACAGAAUCCCCUAAAGAAGAUUUGCCAAAGAUGAGCCUGAAAGAUAGAAUUGCAAAAUUACAAGAACAGCAGCAACAGCAGUUACGAAGAGAACAAGAGAAGAAAGCCAAAAAAUCUAAGAAGAGAGAAUCUAUAACAAGCGAAGGUGAUAACGCACCCCUAGACCUUGAAAAACCACAACAACCCCAACAUGACCCUUUGCGUGCUGGUUCUAAAAAUGAUGAUGCCUUGAAUGAUUUGAAUGAAGGUGUCGAAGGUCUGAAGUUGGAUGAAAAGCCAGGGACCAAAGAUUUUGAAGAACCACCUCCAGUACCAGUAUCACCGGAGAGAUAUGGAUAUGAGUCGCAAGGCUUGAAAAAAGAACAACCAGAAGAGCGUCCUCAAGAGUCAGCCAGAGAAUCCAUGGGAUUCAUAGAAAGUAGAGAACCAGAUGGUGAUAAAGAAGCUGAAGAAGGGGGAGAGGAAGAAGAAGAGGAAGAAGAAGAAGCUCGUCGUGCUGCUUUAACUCAAAAAAUCGCAAGAAUGGCCGAUGCUGGUAGAUAUGGUGGUGUUCCCGUUGGUUUCAACCCCUUUGGUAUGCCAACCGCUGUGCCUCCCUCUGGUGAACCCAAGAAGAGGAAAUCGACCACUAAGAGUUUCGAUUCACAAGAAAAGGAAAGAGCUCCUCCUAAAGUCGUCCCUAUUAUGCCUUUCGCUGAUCCCAAUGCAGUGUCCUUCUUGAAUAAUCCACCUGCAGAACACGAUAAUAAUGCUGAAGACGAAGUUGAAGAAGAAAUUGAGGAAUUCGAGACUAGAGAACCGGUGAAGAACACAGAUGAAAUGGAUGAUCGUGGGGUCAUCAAUAAUGCCGAGCAAGAAAGUUUUUACAGUCAAGAAAGAAAUUUACCAUUGGAUUCAGGAUCUAAACCUGCUGUUUCACAUUCUUCAAAUCGUCAAUCCGCUUUUGUAGAACCUGAUAUGGCGCCCUUAGAUAAUAAAUCUGAACAAAAGGAGCCGCCUGCUACAGUUGAGCCAUCAGCCCCAUCAGUCCCAUCAGCCCCACCAGUUCCACCUAUUUCACCUGAAAGAUACCAUCCUGAUGAUGAACUAAGGACCCCCGUUGAUGACCAUUUGUCACAAGCUCCCAAACCACCAGUCUCAAGUUUGGACAACUUUUCGCAUUCUAACGAUUAUGAUUUCAGCGAGCCACAAUCUUGGGGUUCACCACCAGAACCACAGAUACCUCCAAUUCCUAACUCAUUGGAUCCAAAUAGUUCCCCUACUUCUUCACGGACAGGUGUCUCUGUCCCACACCGCCCAUCUCGUGGUUCUUCCUUGCGGGACUCUGGACCAGGUGCAGCACGCCCUACAUCUACUAUGUUCCAUUCACGUGGCGAUGCCCCAUCUUCACCGGAAGAUUUCGAUCAUCCGAGAGGGGCUAUUUCGAUGACUGGCGUGCCUGAUUUUCCAUAUACUCCUGCUCCUCCUGUUCCAGCUGCGCUUUCUGGCGGUGACACUAGAGAAGCUUCCUCCAAUACCCCUUCAGGUGUUCCUCCUAUUCCUACUUCCCCUCCUGGUCACGGCGGGAGACCUUCUUCGGUUUAUUCCGGCGAUUCCGGCUCUGCUACCUCACAUACCAGAGGCGUGCCCUCUGUACCAAGGUCCAUACCACCUAUCCCUGGAUCACCAUCAGCUCCUGGACCACAUCCACCAGUUGCUGGCCAAAGUCCAUCUGAGAAGCUAAAUACAAUGUCGAGAACAGCUACUUUUUCUACAAAGGAUGGUUCUGGCUCUGCGGAAGGCAAAACUAUUAGAUUCAGCUCAGAGGACAGCUGGUGGUUGGAAAAGAAGUUUCCUUCACAUGCAUUCGGUCAAAAAGUUAAUUGUUUAAUGGAAGUGGAUGAUCAUCUCAUCAAGAAGAAAUUGCAUGAAUCCUACAUGGUUAGAGACUUCUAUUUCUUAUUUGAAGAUUAUUCUCAGCUACACUUUUCUGUGAAUUUUGAUACGUCGAACCCUCAUGCCACAGUACAAGCCAGCCAAGAACAUAUUCCUUUGAAAAAUCAACCUCAGCUUCUGGAAGAAUACGCUCAAAGAUACGGUAGCUACGCCUUACACAGAGCAGGCUCUUUAGUUGGUAGUCAUACCAAUGGACUUAUUCCUGCAAUUUUGUCACAUUUGGAAAACGAAGUUAUUCACCCAAUUGAGGGAAGAACUUUCGGCGCUUCAAUUUUUGCCCAUAAUGCUGGUGAAGCUGUUCAUACUCAAGAUGUUGCCCAAAUAAGACCUGGUGAUGUUCUUGUCAUGAGGAAGGCUAAGUUUGACGUAUUGAUGAAAUCUGGUUCAAGAGAAAUUAUUUCAGUUGGUACAGAAACUCCACAUGUUGCUAUUAUUGCUGGAUACGAAUUUCCCAAAGGUAAAUUCCAAGUCAUUGAAGAACAUUCAGGUAAGGUGGUCACUUCUAGUUACAAAAUACAUCGUAUGAAAGCGGGAAGGUUAAAGGUUUUCAGAUUCGUUGGCAGAGACUAUGUGGGUUGGUAA